AUGGAUCAGUAUGAGGACAGAGAGAACAGAGUCCCUCCCUCUAAAACCACUCUGUGUGGAGAACAUGAGGAUCGGAGCAAAGCUCAGAGAGUGGACCAGCAGAACUCUGUGCUUCCCAGUGGUCCAUCUGCCCAGCAGCAUCAAACCCAGCUGGACUCCAUAUUUAUGCUGCUAGAAGAAAACAUUGUUAGUUUCGUGAAAAAUGAGCUGAAGAAAAUCCAGAAGGUUCUGAGUCCAGCUGAUCCAGAAGGCUCAAAGAUUGUGUGGGAGGAUGAGGAGGUGUUGGAAGUCGAGGAUGAAGAACAGAAGAGGAGCAGCAGGGAAGCUUUGGUGAAGAUCACCCUAAACUUCCUGUGGAGAAUGAAGCAGGAGAAGCUGGCUGAACAUCUGCAGAGCAUUCUGGAGGAUGUGUUGGAGACCGGAGAGGGAAGAGAGCUGCCCAGCACCCUGACUGAGAUGUACAUCCACUUCCUGGUGGUUCAGACCAAAGUGAAGAAGGUCAAGUAUGAUGGAGGAGCUGAGACAGAUCCACACUGGAGUCCAGAGAGCAGGAAGAUGAUGGAGUCUCUGGGAAAACUAGCUUUUGAUCAGCUGCAGAAAGGAAAUCUGAUCUUCUAUGAAUCAGACCUGACAGAGUGUGGCAUCGACAUCAGAGCAGCCUCAGUUUACUCAGGAGUGUUCACACAGAUCUUUAAAGAGGAGAGGGGACUGUACCAGAACCAGAACAAAGUGUUCUGCUUCGUCCAUCUUAGUAUUCAGGAGUUUCUGGCUGCUCUUUAUGUUCAUCAGACCUUUAUCAAGAAUGGAGUCAAUCUGAUGGAAGAACAACAAAAAAAUUCUGUUAGGUGUAGAUUAUCUAAGACAGUGAAACCAAGCAGUCUCUAUCAGAGUGCUGUGGACAAGGCCAUAGAGAGUCCAAAUGGACACCUGGACUUGUUCCUCCGCUUCCUCCUGGGUCUUUCACUUCAGAGCAAUCGUAUUCUCCUACAAGGUCUGAUGACAAAGGCAAGAGGUUGCUCGUUGACCAAUCAGAAAACAGUUCAGUACAUAAAAAAAAAGAUGAAUAAGAAUCUAUCUCCAGAGAAAAACAUCAACCUGUUCCACUGCCUGAAUGAACUGAAUGAUCGUUCUCUGGUCCAGGAGAUCCAACAUUCUCUGAGAUCAGGAAGUCUCUCCACAGAAAAACUGUCUCCUGCUCAAUGGUCAGCUCUGGCCUUCAUCUUAGUGACAUCAGGAGAAGAUCUGGAUGUGUUUGACCUGAAGAAAUACUCUCCUUCAGAGGAGACCCUUCUAAGGCUGCUGCCAGUGGUCAAAGCUUCAAACAAAGUUCUACUGAAUUACUGUAACCUCUCAGAGAGAAGCUGUGAAGGUCUGGCCUCAGUUCUCAGCUCCCAGUCCUCUAAUCUGAGGGAGAUGGAUCUGAGUAACAACAAGCUGCAGGAUUCUGGAAUUGAGCUGCUGUCUUCUGGACUGAAGAGUCCAGACUGCAAGAUGGAAAAUCUUAGACUGAAUGACUGUAACCUCUCAGAGAGAAGCUGUGAAGUUCUGGCAUCAGUUCUCAGCUCCCAGUCCUCUAAUCUGAGAGAGAUGGAUCUGAGUAACAACAAGCUGCAGGAUUCUGGAAUUGAGCUGCUGUCUUCUGGACUGAAGAGUCCAAACUGCAAACUGGAAACUCUCAGGUCUGAACUGAUUUAUUCUCUAUAUUAA